AAAUAGGUUAAGCCUGUCCUUAAGAAGCUAAAUUUCUGCUUGCAUGGCAAUGCUGCAUACUUCAGAGAAGAGAACUUCUAUACUCAUAACAAGGACAUGGUCAAACAAAGUGCCGCCCCUGGUCAUUACAAGUCACAGGUAAAUAGCAAGAAAUAAAAAAUGGACACUCAAUUAUUUUCCCCAUUAUUAGGAGCAAUUGCUAGUACGCCACCUCCGCUAGAAUCUUCCCGUCUGUAUAGUGACUGGUCAGCAUGUGGAGAGGAUAUUAGCUCAAAAACUUCUUUUCAAGACUGCACAAAGAAACGGGGCAGGUUUACUCACUGCCAUGAACUUGGUGCCAGGCUGGACAUUACUAUUCUGUUUGGUAUAGUUCCAUGCAAUUUGGUAUGGUUUUGCCUUUUCUGUGUGCUGUUUAUUUUCAUGGAUUCUUUUCAUGUUGCUCUACCUUGGUAGGCAGUAAGUUGUCUUACAGCACUGGGGGCAAAAAUGCGAUUCCUCGGUGCUGCAGAGUCAAGGGGUUUUAUGACAAGUGUUUUCUGGUACCAAACCAUAGAGAAUAAUAGCUGCUGACCUUGGACUUGAGAAAACUGAAUUCCUGUUAUGCUGGGAUUUUUGAUGUUAAUUUUGCUUGUCCUGUUGUUGAUAGCAGCUACUUUAGUUGGAGACCAGUAGACAAGAACGUAGUUGACUUCUUUUCCACAUGUGUCAGUGUGUCUCAUGGGAACUAUCUUCCUGAUGCGCCCUGAAAAGAUUUUUACGAUACAAGAUGCUUCCUGACACAUUACAUUACCAAGAAUGUUCAGAUUGCUGGUAGUGAACAGUGUUGGCUUGAGACACAAGGAGUGAAGGGUUCUAGUCCCUUGUUUGAACAAGUGACUUCAUUAAGAAAUAGAAUUGGUCAGUGAUUCAGGUUGUCCUGAAUUCACUUCAGGUUGAAUUCCAUUGUAGUGCUUCUGGUGUAUGCACCAGAAGGAACAGCUGAACAUUUCAUCUCACUUCUGUCUAGUCUGUAAAAUUUGUUUGUGCAAUUUUAGACUUGCUGCUGUCCUGUGCUUGUUCUUUGUAGGAGUUUUUUUUUCUGUUGUAGUCCAAUCGGCUUCCUGCUGCCCUGUCUGCAGUUCUUUUUAAUUUUUAAUUUCCAUGCCACAUUGUAAACUGACUCUGAUCUCUCCCUUGCUGAAAAUCAUCAUAUAGAUGCAGGCUUUCAUCUAUGAUCUCCAGUUGGCUGCAGAAAUUGGAAAUAAAUAGGCCUCCUUUAGAAAAAAAAAAAGUCUGCCAUCUGACAGGCACAAAAGAGAUCCAGUUUUCAAAUAUCAGUUACAGUCCUACAUUCAUAAAACAUUUUCAAGAAUCUUUGCACUUAUGUAUAUCCUAAAUAAAACCAUGUAGACCAGAUUCUGUACAGAGGAAACUGAAUGGUCAGGAAGUAAAUAAUAGAGGUAGGUAAAAGACAAAACAUUGUGAGGUCUUAAAAGCUAGUAAGGCGUAAGUGGCUAAUUUUCACUGUGGCAAGAGAUUAACAAGGUGAUAGUCUUAAUAGUUUAUCCCAUGUUUUAUAGUCCUUGUUAAUUGGCAAAAUCAGUGUGAGUAAUUAUGUGGCAGCAUUGGCAGAUGAUGUAGUUGUUUGCAUAAGCUGACACCAGGGAAGACUGAGAGAUCUUCAGGGACACUGAAAGGAAUCAGCUGAAUGAGAAUAGGAUGAUGAAGUUUAUUGAAGGAAAACAAUGCAUGUUAGAGGGAAGUAGGUCUUAACAGUGUUAUGUUUUCAUUGAUGUCUGAGAGUUAGGUGUCAUUACAGACAACUCUAAAGAUCUCAUUUUGCACCUGAAGUAAAAGAUAAGAGUUGGGCUUCUGUAAGAGUAGUGGUGGUUGAAAACCUUUGGUAUUUAUCAGGAAUAUUUAAUGAAGUUUUGACCAACUCCCUUCUAAAAGGGGAUUAAAAAGUGGUUCAACUUAAGUAUAACUUCUUUUUUUUUUUCUUAGAUUAAAAUAGUAGUUCUUGAAUUAUGGAAGUAGAUAAAUUAGAAUCCUCAAGAUUUUGAGAAGAUUGAUCAUAUUUACCCUCUAAAGGAGACAGUCAAGAUUUGAAGAAAUGUCCAUAAAAACGUUGAUUGAAAAGACAGGAAAAUCUUGCUGCUCCUGUCUCUUCGCAUAACAGCUUGAGAAGUCGCUGUUGAAGCAAGAAGUUAGGAAAAUUGUUCUACUUCAUUUAGGCUACAGAAUUCACAAAUGCAGGAAGAGAUUUCUGUGUAUGGAUGCUGAGAAUACAUUAAAUUUGGAACACUUAACAGAUGCUGCUAAAAUAAAUUAAAGGUUUAAUGCUUUACUUUUUCUUUUGCCUAUUUUGUUUAGGAGAAAAAUACUUUUAUUUAGUUUUUUUUUUUUCUUUAGGGCACCAAUAAAUCUUUCUUAUUCUGGCAGUGGCCCUGAUAUGUUUGGGCUAGUGUCAAGCAUUUUAGAGGAGCCAAGCAAGCCAGAACCAGUUACAGAUUGGAAUUCUCUUUCAAGAUUGUUCCCACCUAUGUGGGCACCUGAUCUUAGAAGCAAUGGUGAAUUCUCAGGGCUCUCAUCUAAGCACUCUGUUGAAAAUAAGGAUUUUUCAAACCUGAUGGGCACACAGAACUACUACCAGGAGCACUACCAGGAACACCUGCAGAAGUCCCAAGAUGUGGAGAUGUUACACAGAGGUUUGGAGGAUCUUCAUCUCAUAGAGUCUUGGCUUUCUCCAUCUAGCCCUUGCACUCAGCCUGAUAAUAUUCUGAAGAACAGUUACCCUGAAAAUUCCUCUUUGCAAAAUAACAACACAAUUCACCAAGAAGGGUUUUCAUUUAAAAAUGUAGACUAUAAUCAGCAUUUGUGCAGUUAUGACAACAUGAGGUUAAAUGGAGACUAUGAAAAAAUUGGUUCCAAUUUUAGCACUUUUUCUUCUCAGAACAGCAUGAAAGAAGGCACUGGCAUUCAGAAAGAGUAUUGGAAAACCGAAAGAGCAAGAGGCAAAGUUAUGAAAAAUGAUGCUCAAGAACAAACAAAGUAUUCCCCUGGUCUUUCCAGUCAGCCUGUUGAUGAUGCUUGGGAUAAAGUGUCCCAGGACAACCACUUGUUUUCUAAAAGAUAUGAGAACUUCACAGCUGCUCAUAAAUUGCAGUCAUCUGUUCAUCCAUCGCUGUAUUUUUUCAAUCAACCCCCUAAAGAAAGUAAUUUUUCUGGAGGGACAAACAGAAAACCACAGGAAACCCACGUGCAAAAUGAUCAUCGUAGCUUUACUUUGGGGGAUGCUUUUAAUAAUAAUGAAUGUAAGAUCCAUAUUAGUCCUAAAGAAUGCUCUCAUAAAGUACCUGAAUACGAUUUAUCUGUAAAAAAUGUUAUGCAAAAUGGGAGUUAUUCAUCGUACCAUGGACGUACGUGGCUGGAUGGGAAAAUUGAAAGUCCAACAGCUGCAUCAGAUGUCACGUAUGGAAAACAAGUGGUAACAAGUCUGCAGUCAUCUUCAGGGGUUUCAGCCAUGCCCGGUGGUUCUCCCACCCAUCAGUCUGUAACACAGUCCUCUUACUACUCACAGAUCUCACCUGUCCUCCCUUCAAGGAAAGAUGGAAGGCUACAAAUAUCAAAUGGUGUUUCUAAUAAUUUGGGAGUUUCUAAUUUCAUCUCAGAAAAUCAGAAGCAAAUGAAACCCAUUGGACGAUCACAGCAUGAUUCAUUGACUAAUAAGGAGGGGCAAUACCGUAAAUUCCCCAUUAAUUUUUCAUCUGACUGGUUAACGCAGCAGAAUGCUGUAAGUGAAGACCCUGAAAAAUACCACAGAUUUCCAAAAAAGCAGACCCAAGAAAAUAGUAAUAAAGAUGAUAGAAAAGGCAGAAGGAAUUGGAUUCCUCAUUUUGGGUAUACAACCCCAAACCGUCAGCAGUUCAAUAUGUUCCGAAAAAAGCAAGAACAGAAUGGUGGUAGCAUGUCAGAUUUCAUCAAUCCUUCUUUUCUUCCUUCUUUCCCAUUAAUGUCUGAUUUUAAGCAAAAUCCCAGCUUUCCUCCUUUUAAUCACCGUCUGUUUUCAUCAGCAAAUAACUUCAGUUUUCCUCCGUCACCAUUUCCAUUCUCAGAACUUGUUGAUCUUUUUCAUUAUGAUGACUUUAGCCACUUGAAUCCCUUCAUCAAUGAUCUGUUCUGUGGGGAGAUAGCUGCACCAUAUUUUGCCUUUCCAACACCAUUUAACAAGUACAGACCUCCAAGAAAUCGCAGUGGACCUGCUAAUGAACUUCAUAUCCGGCUGGAGGAGUGUUAUGAGCAGUGGAGAGCUUUGGAGAAAGAGAGAAAGAAGACUGAAGCUGACCUUGCAAGAAACUUUCCAGGAAAGCGCAUAUCUAGCUCAAAUAACACUCCUGUGUCCCGACUUCCUGCUAACCCGUCACGAGUUGAUCGUUUGAUUGUUGACCAGUUACGAGAACAAGCCAGGGUGCUCACGUUAAUAGGAAAAAUGGAAAGGCUACGUGGUACCCCUGUACACAGUAACAUAUCGACUACGUUGGAACACCAUAUGGAAGCCAUUCACGUUACACAGGCAAGGCGGAAGGAUGAGAUUAUUAAUGCUGCUAAUCCACAGAGACAAGGAGCACCACGUUAUAAUAAUGAGAAAGAUGUUCUGGCUCUGGCAGCUGCCAUUAGAGAGUUGGCUACUUCCACACGCAAGGCUCGUACCGCUUUAUGGUGUGCGUUACAGAUGACUUUGCCAAGAACCUCUUCAAGCAGUCCAGUAAAAGAAGUUGUUGAAAGGGCACUGCAAGAGCUCUAUCCUCCAAACACAAGCACACAAGAAAAAAGCAGCGUGGAGCACGAAAACAAAGGAAGCAAAAAAGAAAACCCUGAGGAACCCAUGAGGAUUCUGGAAUAACAGCUAAUAAUAGUAAUAAUGAUAACAAAAGGGAGACAGAGGCUGAGGACUGGGAGGGAAGGGCAAAGUGUCCUGCAUAGAACCAUGGAAGGUGGUUUUGAUAGGUUAUCAAAAAGCAAAAGAGUUAAAACAACUGAUCAGUGCUGCAAUUCUAUUACUGUGAUUCCGGUGUUGAGAGACACAUCUUGUAAUAGUGUUAAUGCAAUUUUAAUAUUGCUGAUAUUGCAAUGUCUGCUACAUAAGAGUUUUACUAUUAAGAGGAACUAAACAAUAGCUGAGCAUUUCCUUGUGUGCUUAUCCAAAGCUGUGUAUCAGCUGUGAGUCAAGCCAUGACCUGAGAAACCAGAUGUGGUACAACUUAAUUAUCUUUUUUUUGUUAAUGAUACAAUUUAACAUACUUUAAAAAAAAGAUAUAAUCGUUCAGGGUUUUUUUGCACCAUUAUAUAGUUCUUUUAAGUGCCAAAGCGAUCACUAAGUAGUUUGCAUCCUGUCAGGCUGUACAGAGCAAUCCACACUCCUGUAUUGUUUUUGUGACAGGGAGUCAGGUCAUUCAGGUUACCGCUAACAGUUUGACAAGAAUCAUCAGUGUUUAAUGUUGGUUGUGCGAGAUGCUUCAGCAGUUGUGCUGCCAAUUCAGUUUCUAGCUAAACCUUUCUAUAGCAUGUUCCAUUUAAAAUUUUCCAUUUAAGAAAAAAAAGGAUUUUGUAGAUUUGCAGUAAGGACUGCAUUGAAGUACACAUUAGCAGGUGAUAUAAAAUUGUCACUCAGGAUUAGAAAUUAGAUUUAUUGAUUCCUCAGUGGGUUAAAAAACAGUAACUAUAUAACAUAGUAUGCACUUAAUUAAAAAAUUAUUGUUUGUUAAUGUAAGUUCACGGUACUAUAAUUUUCAGAAACAUUCCAUAUUUAUUUUAAUGUGUUUAUUGAAUGUUUAUUUAAAAUUCUAUUUUAGUAAUAUAAAGUUGGAUAUUUUGCCAAAUCUUCCGAAUAAUCAGAUUUAACGAUUUACUCAGGAAAUAUGUAUAUUAUUAUAUAAAUAUACACAUGGUAUAUAGGGAUUUUUUUUGUGGGAAGGGAUGUUUGCAAAAUAUUUACACAAAGCUAACUGUAUACUAGGUUACCAAAGCUGUUUAACUGAUUAAUUUUUCGCAUGGAAGAUUUAAUAUAUUUAAUUGCUGUUAACUAGUCUCCAUUCUGUGGCUUAGACAAUCAGAAGUGUUAUGUAUUGGUGUGAAUGUUCAGGGUGAGACUUAGAAAAGAAUGAAUAAUUCACGUUUUGUUCUUACGGCACUUAUAAAUGUUUUAAUGCUUUAACAACUGUCUUACUGUUACACGAUCUCUUAACGUGUACUAAUAACCAACUAAGCUUCUUAGGUAUCAAAGUAGUAAUGAAUGGCUUUGGAGAGCAGUUCUUUAAAAGUGAAUUAAGUUGGGGAUAUGAGCAAAGUUUGAAAGACAAAAAUGAAGGUUUUUAUGUUCCAUAGCGUUCAGUGUUGAAUUUGACAUAUUGUGGAUAAAUAUAUAAUUGUUUUCAUUAUAUAUAUGUAUUUGGAAAAUGUUCCAGAUGCCGUUCUGUAGUUUUGGAUCUGUGGAUGUUUCUAGAGCAGAUGUAGUCUCCAUAGUACCAUCGAUAACUGUGAUGAGGCAGUAGUACAUACCUUUGGAGGCAAGAGUUAAACAAGCCUCAUUGUAAUCCACUGAAUAAAGCUUAAAAGCAAGAGUUUAAUGGAAAUCAGAAUCUUAGUAUAGCAAGAUAUUUUUUUUUCCCUGAAGAAAGUGAAUUCAACUUAAAAGAAUAUUUUCAGCCUUAGCCUAAAAAUCAGGUAGUGGAGAGAGUUAUUUUAGUGUGAGUGUUUUCUCUGUGUGCAUGUGCAAUUUAUUUGCACAAGCUAAUUUAAGAAGGUUAGAUUUGCGUUCGUGAAACUAAUUAACUAUACUCCAUGGUUUAAAAAGUGGAGUCUGCAGUAUUUCAGUUAAUAAAUAAUUUUGGGUUUUAAUUAUGAUUACUGUGUUGACAGGAAAUCAGAAUUUGAAAGUCUUGAUCAGCUUUUCUGUUUACAGAACAACUGUAGUCCUGCAGGAUUGUUUUGUAGUGGUGAACGUAUAGGGCGUAGUAGGUCCUUAUUGUAUUGCUUUGUGUGUUUUUUAUUAUUGUGAAGGAAUGUGGUCUUAAUUGGUUCAUAAUAUAGUUAAUGUGCCUUUAACAGUCUCAUUUUUCAACAAUGGUAAAUAACUGUAUGCUUGCUUCUGUUUUCAACUGCAGUUUAAAAAUGCAUUUAAAAAAGGUUACAGUGUGACUGCUUUUGACUACAACAGUUAGCAUACGCUGUUAAUGAUGUUCUUGCAUACUGUUAGACCGCCCAGUUACGGGUUCUUUAACAAGUGUAAAGCGCCAUAGCUAUGGAGAGUCGCCAUGGGUCAAAUGUGUUAGUAUCAGAUUUUCCUUGUCAUGCCCUGCAAAUGCGAGCAGCACGUGGUCAUAUUUCAUUUUACCUUGCUCUCUUUUCUUCAUAACAACUCUGGGUCUUCAUAUCAAAAUGACUUUGUCCCCAUUUCUUUAAAUUAUUUGAUUAUGGACAGCUUUAGACCUAUGAAGACAAAAUUCCUUUCAGAAUGUUUCAGUUCUGUUGCUUUAUUACACACCCUUUUAUAUUUCAGGGGAAAAAACACUGUAUUUUGUAAAAUAACCACCUGGAGUUGCAACUCUGUUACAGUCAUAAAAUAUUUCUAGCUGCCUAGUAUUUAAUUUGGCAACAGUGUACAAAUUGCACUGCAUUUUUGGUAUGAAUAAGUAUAAUGCUUCUGGGAUUAGAGACUAAUUGUAUUCACGUUUUAUUGACUUCAGUGGAACCAGAGUUAAGGUAUUAGGUCACACUUAGGCCAGAGAGGUGUUUUUGGUUUGGAGCUGGGUUUGACUUUUUGAAUUUCCACCCCCUGCCCUGAUUUGUGGAGCCAUCAGGUAAAAUUUACUUUAUUCCCUCCUUCUCCCACCCCCAGUUUUGUUGAGAUUUAAUUGUUCUCUUUUUUUCUAUUUCAAUUUAUGCGGUUUAAAUUUUUGAAUGAGGUGAAGAAGAUGGGGUUGUAGCUAGUCAUGGUAGCAGUGGUACUGGAUUGCUCUCGUUGAAGAAAACAGGAUACUUAAGAGUACUUCUCCAGUCAAGAUUAUUAUCAGAGUGUGUGUUUUGAUAGUUGGUAGUGAAUCUUUAAUGCUUUAAAAUCCCAAAUAGAUAGUCCAAUACAACACAUUUAAGAAAUAAAAUUAUUUCUGUAUUCUGUAUAAAUAACUGGAGGCUUCUGGUGAUUGAGCCUUCUUGAUUCCUAGAAGAGGAGCCAGCAUCAGAGUAAGAACAACUUAUUUUCUGGUUGUAGGUUUGGUAUCUCUGCUUUUCUUCUCUAUCCACAGGGUCCCUCUGGCAAUUAUGUCAAUCUGAUAGUAUCUAUAAACUAAAACUAAGAAAUUGGUAUUAGUUUGUCAUUAUUUUUAUUAGAAGAGCAUACAAGGAGAUUGGCUAGGUUCGUGGUGCUUGUCUUGCUGUGGCCUUUUCAGCAGUGUGUCUAAGACUAUUAGUUCCCAAACUACUGCUACUGUUGUUUUUUUUUCUUUCCAGACUGGAUAGUCGUCUUUGCUCUUUGUAUUUACCGCUGCUACUAAUUUUUUUGUCUGUACCUGAAUACAUAUAAUUUGGAAAUGAUUUGCCUUACAGCUUAGAAGUUGAUGCUCUCGUCUUCAUAAUAAGUCUCUUAUUAUUCCUGCUACCUUUUCUCUUUGGUGAAGUAAAUGAAUAGUAGAAGAUGGAGAUUAUGCAAGUGGGAGGCUUUGAGUAACUUGCUGGCCAGAUACUCCAGAAUUUUGUGGAAAGCCUCCUAGCUUUAGGCCUAUGCACUUUUCCAGAAGUGACCAUGAGCACAGCUUCCUGGGGUUAUGUUUAUUUGCUACCCAGGCCUUCUCCCAUUCUCUCUGGGGAAAUAAGGAAAGGGGAGCUACAAGAAGGAAGGAAACACUGAGCCACAGGAAGCCCUCCUUCCAGUGGAUGGGGUCACUCCUCUUUGUGGCUCCUGUGGCCAGAAGGGUGGAGCCUGAGGGGCCAGUCAUCUUUCUUUCCUUUAACUGUUUCCCUUUUCCCCAUCAGCUGCUCACAUGUGCUGUCAGGAUUCAACUGCUGAGACUUGUGGCAGAAUUGGCUUGUUCUUGUCCCGCUCUGGUAGCCAUCCUUCCACCCUUGUAUGUUUUAAUCAUAUGGAAUGGAGCUGCGUACGAGCUUGAGGGGCUAGAACAGGGCUUGGGAACAGUGGGUUCAAAACAGCAGGGUAUGGUCACCACCUCUUGCCUCUCAACUGCUGUCUGUAAGGGAAGAGGACGAAGUAGGAUUUAAGCUCAGCUUUUUCAGACUUAAAAUGACAAAUGGCAAGGAGUCCUUAGCAUAAAGCUUCCAUUGAACUGUUUGGUUUUUAAAUGUUCUUCCUCAAGUGACAGCCUUCAGCUUUGCUCAGUAUGAUAUUCUCAAAUACGCAAUUUAUACGGUCAUAGCUCUAAUUCUGUAGGAAGUUGAAUUUUUUUGUUUAAAUGCUGUAAAGAUUAUGCAACAAACAGACCAUAAGCCUAUAUGUAUUUUUCUAAAAGUUAUACUGCUACCUGCUCUGAAUGGUGAUUUUUUUUUUUUUUCCUCCCCAAUUCUCUGCUUGGGAGCUGUGAUGUCAAAAUGCUGCAUGUUGGAGCAACCCAAAGCAGAGGCGGGGGGGGGGGGGGGGGGGGGGGCGUUGUUCCUUGUAACUAUAUUGCUUUGCCAGUAUACACGAUCUUAAUUUUAAAUUUAGUUUUACAACUCUACUUUAUGGCCACAGUCUUCUAUAGAUUUUUUUUUUUCCUAAUAGUCAUUAAAGUGGAAAAACUUGAGUUCCUGAUUAAGUAUCUCUUCAAGAAAAUACGUUAUAUUGAACAAGAACAGGGAAUACUGUACAUCAGUGAAUACAUGAGAGCAAUUGACUUUCAACUAUAUUUUUUUUUUUUAAAUAGGUGCAUUUGCAGUUAGGCUACUGAAGAGAUGAGCAUGGUCCUGCUUCCAUUGAAGCCAGCAGCUUUAACAGAUUUUUGUCUUUGUCUGACUGCUUUGCUUUACUGGCAUGGUAUCUCGAGUUAAGUAGGCUCUUUGUAAAUACGAGCUUAGUAGUUCACCUUGAACAUUUGUUACCAAGAAACUCUAGAAGGAUGUGUUCCCAGCCUUUUUUAUAAGGUUUCUCACUACACUGACAACUUGGAAUUAGCAGGAUAAUUUUGCUUUCUUUUAGAGCUGAGGAACGUACCUACUGCAGAAACUUUGGCCAAAAUGAAUUUGUGGGUUUCUGAGAAUUUUGCACCUUGUUUUAUCCUGAUCUGCUUCAAUGGAAAUAUAGCCUUAACUGUACUAAGUGCUUGAUUUAUUUCCUGUGCAGUUUAUCCAUCUCGGUCACCAGCACUUUUUGUUGUGUGGAACAUUAUAUAGAAAUCAGGCAUCUCUUAUUUUUUUGGUAGAUACUGCUUUCUAAUUCUUCAUAUAGAAUUGAAAGUCCUUAUUUUUCUUCAUUAGCAAUACUGUAAUCAAAGGUGCAAAAAAAAAAAAAAGAUGCAUUUAAUGUAUGUAGUCUGUGCUGUUAGAGAUUGAAAAUGUAUCAGGUUAGGAACAACUUUAAAAAAGUAAUUGAGGAACUGGAGCUAUAAGUCCUAUUUGCUUGUUUGCCAAAUGAGCUAUAAAAAGGAAAAUAUUUGCAUAUAGUGUGUACAAAGCUUGUUAGAGAGAAUGGAUAAAUCAGAGUCAACUUAAAAUCAUUGCCAGACAAAGAUUGCUUUACAUUUUUUUACUGUAUAAAGUACAACCAAUUUAAAACUUGUUUAUGCACAGUAAUAACUUAAUGAGCAUAGUUUUUUUUCACAGAAUUAGGCUAUUUCCAAUAUAUAUGGGAAAAAUAAGUUUCCUUUUAUUUUUAUGACAGAUAUACAAAGAUUAAUAGUGUCUAUAUUUUAAUAUACUAUUUGGUGUCUGAAGUAUAUCUUUUACAUGUUUGUUGGUCAAACUCAUUUACUUAAUAGCAAAUUUUACACUGCUAGUGAAAUAUUACUGAAGGAGGAUUUUGUGAGUUGAUCCAUUCAGUACGCCCAACAGAAAUAUGUGAAAGUAUAAUUUAGCUUAAAAAAAGUCAAUUGUUGAUUAUGCGAUAUUUUAAUCAUUAAUCAGUUUAGGCUUAUUUUUCUGUAAAACAACUGUGGAUGUUUGAACGCUGCAAAAAUCUUACUUCUACCUCUUGUGUAACAUUCUUUAAUUAUACUUCACAGAUCUCUCUGGGAUGUACUUUGAUAUUACAGGGUGUUGGUUCACUUAACUUGUGAAUUUCAUGUGUUUUUCCUUUUAUUUUUUUUUCUUCUGUUAGUUGUUUUCUGCGGAACACCGGGAUGCCUUGUGGCUGGGGCUGGGUUAUGUUCACUUGUGUAAAGCAGCUUCAGGCAAACUGUACACACUGACACACGGUUUCUACUAAGCAAAAGGUACAACGGUCAGAGGAGAUUGUAAGGUUUGUGUUACAUGUAUGAAAGUCUCUGAAAUAUGAGAAUUCUGUAAUAAAUCAUGGCCAGUGUAAUUUUCUAGUAUUUUUAUGUAUGUGAUUUGAUUCCUUUUAUUUAAAUAAUAAACCGUGUUGUAUGUAUGUCCAUAAU